AUAGCAACCAUGGCUGAAAUGACAGAGGACAGCAAAAGCGGCACAGACCGAAAACAACUUGUUGAACUUGUGGGCUUAAAUUUAACUUCCAAUGCAGCGCUUAAUGCAGAGAUUGAUUUGUUUGAUCGAUAUAUUAGUCGACUGGACCUACGGACGUUUGAAACAGUGUGGAAAUGGCAGAAUUUGUCAACGGAAAAGAUUCCAGGAAGAAAAGCUAAAGUACGCACCCCAGGGAGACAACAGCUCCUGACAUUGGAACAGAAAUGUGUUGUUGCCAAAAGCGUUUACAAAAAGAUGAUUGAAGAUUUGAAGAUAGCGAAAAUCCAUUCAGAAAAACAGUUGGACAAUUACAAGGCAACUCUGGAAGAAGCUGAUAUCCACUUGGCGGAGAUUAAAAAAGAACGCUCCCAUUUUAAACGCAACAUUGUUAAAGAGCUGGAAGACAAAAAGAGCAUGACAAUGAGUGCGGAGAAGGUCAUGAGAUACAUCGAGGACAAAAUAAAGGCCAAGGACAUUUUGAUUGAGAAGUUGCACCGAAAAAAUUCAGCACUCCUCACACACAAGAAAAAACAGCAAGCCCAGCUCAGACAACAGGAGGAGAUGGCUGAGGGUGUGACAGUGUUGGACUUUGAGCUGCUCAAGUUUGAGAACAUCAGAUUUCGGAAGCAGCUGGAUGAGCAAAACCUCAAACAAGUGAAUCUCAAACUGCUUGCCGUGAAGACACUGCAGACAUUAAAUUCUAAUAAGGAGAAGCUUCAUAUCUUGACCAAUGAGUCAGAAAUGCUGAGCAGUGACACGGCUUUGCGGAUGAAGUUGCUGGUUAAGAUUGAGGAGGAGACGGAGCAAGCGGAGGAGGAGCGACACAAAGCAGAGGCUCUAAACAGGAAGCUGAGGGACCAGUUGGCUGACUUUCACGUACCACAUGUCCUCCAAUAUAUCAAACUUAAAGAGUCCCAUGGCCAGCUGCAGAAGAGUGUUAGAGAAUGGGAACGAAAGGUAGAAAUUGCAGAGAUGGCAUUAAAAACCUACACAAAAUCCUGGGAAAAGCUUCGAUUUGCUGCUGGAGCUGGACUAGUUCCUAUAUAACGUGCAGUAGUAGAUGCUAAAUGACUAUAUCUGAAUCAAUUACAGCAAAAAAAA